AUGGCGGCUCCCGCUGUUCCUCCGCCGGGAGGGGCCCCCGGGAUGCCUGGGGGGAAACCCCGACCGGGCCCCGCGGCCGUCGGGGGAGGCGCGAAGAGCGGGGAGGAGCGGCUGAAGGAGAUGGAGGCCGAGAUGGCGCUAUUUGAACAAGAGGUGCUGGGAGCUCCAGUUUCCUUACCUCCGGUGACUCCUGUGGUGGAGGCUGUCCCAGUUGCCCUGGCAGUGCCAGCUGUUCCUGCGGUGCCACCGGUCCCUGUCAUCCGCCCUAUCAUCGCCACCAACACUUACCAACAGGUCCAGCAGAGUCUGGAUGCCCGAGCAGCGGCUGCUGCAACUGUUGUUGCUCCUAUUGUAGCUCCUCCGGUACCGUUUGUAGGCCCAGCUGUACCCCCGCAGAGGCCCCCUAUCCUCCGGCCGACUUUCGUGCCCCAUGUCCUGCAGAGAUCGGGUGGUCCUCGGCCAAUGCCGAUGCGGCCUCCUCAUCAUCAGCCCAUGGUGGGGCCUCCCAUGCCAGGUCCCCAGGGACCCCCAAUGCUGAUGGGCCCACCAAUGCAGAGGGCCCCUGGCCCGCCUCUUGGAGGCAUAGGGCCCAUGAGACCUGGUCCCCCUGUUGGCCCAGGGAUGCCAGUUGGCCCUCUGGCUCCGCUGGUGCCUGUUCCUCGGCCUGUUGUGGCACCUCCCAAAGUGAACCCCACUGUCAUUCAGGCAGCUCCUACGGUGUAUUCCUCCCCGCCGGUGAAGAAACAAGAGGAGGAGCAUCGAGAGCCCCCACCCCCGGUGGUAGAGGAGAAGGAGCCAGUUGGACCGGACGAGCCGGUGAUUGGUCCCAGCAUGCCGGAGGCGGAGCCCGUUCAGCUGGUGGACCUGGGUCGGCUUCCGCCGCUGCGUGCGCACGAGCCACCACCCGCACGAGGGAAGCGCCCCCGAGGGCCUGACUCUGGCUUCGUACCUGUCGAGCCUGUAGCGGAGAACACUCCUGAGGACAAGAAGAAAACCAAGCAGGAGAAGCUGAAGCGCUGCAUCCGCACAGCGGCCGGCACCUGCUGGGAAGAUGCCAGUCUCCUGGAGUGGGACCCCGAUGAUUUCCGGAUCUUCUGCGGGGACCUGGGCAACGAGGUGAACGACGACAUCCUGGCGCGUGCCUUCAGUCGCUACCCGUCCUUCCUGAAGGCCAAAGUGAUCCGGGACAAGCGCACUGGCAAGACGAAAGGUUACGGCUUUGUCAGCUUCAAGGACCCCAACGAUUAUGUCCGUGCUAUGCGGGAGAUGAACGGGAAGUACGUUGGCAGCCGGCCCAUCAAGCUGCGCAAGAGCAUGUGGAAGGAUCGCAACAUUGACGUGGUGCGCAAGAAACAUAAGGAGAAGAAGAAGCUGGGACUGAGGUAG